UUUUUCGCAGCGCAGAAACGCGAAAAAUAGAGAAAAAGGGUGCAAAUGAAAUGAAAUUAAAAAAUGGCCUCAAUUGCGGAUUUAUUUAUUAAAUAUAAUUGCACGAAUUGCCAAGACGAUAUUCAGGGUAUACGUGUGCACUGCGCAGAAUGUGAAAACUUCGACCUAUGCCUGCAAUGCUUUGCUGCCGGAGCUGAGAUCGGGGCCCAUCACAACAACCAUGACUAUCAGUUUAUGGACACGGGCACUUCCAUUCUCAGCAUAUUUCGUGGCAAGGGAGCUUGGACGGCGCGGGAGGAGCUACGUCUGUUGGAUGCCAUCGAACAGUAUGGCUUCGGCAACUGGGAGGAUAUAAGCAAACACAUUGAGACGAAGUCGGCAGAAGAUGCCAAGGAGGAGUAUGUAAAUAAAUUUGUCAAUGGCACAAUUGGCCGAGCCACCUGGACGCCGGCCCAGUCACAACGGCCUCAAUUGAUGGAUCACACGGGCGACGAUGAUGCCGGUCCGUUGGGUUCGAAUGCCCUGGCCAGAUUACCUCCACUGGAGAUAAGCAGUGACGAGGCCAUGCAGUUAGGUUAUAUGCCAAGUAGAGACAGUUUUGAACGCGAAUACGAUCCGACAGCCGAGCAACUUAUCUCAAAUAUAACGCUCAGCUCGGAGGACACCGAGGUGGACAUUAUGCUAAAGCUGGCCCAUGUCGACAUAUAUACGCGAAGACUGCGUGAGCGUGCCAGAAGGAAACGCAUGGUGCGUGACUAUCAGUUGGUCUCGAAUUUCUUUCGCAAUCGCAAUUACGCAUUACAUCCUGGCUUGACCAAGGAGCAGAAAGAAUUUCGGGAUCGUUUUCGUGUCUAUGCUCAGUUUUACACCUGCAACGAAUACGAGCGACUACUAGCCUCCCUUGAACGGGAAAAGGAGCUGCGCAUCAGGCAAUCGGAGCUUUAUCGCUAUCGCUAUAAUGGCAUAACCAAAAUCGAUGAAUGUCGUCAUUUUGAGCAACAUGCGGCCAUGGCGACGCAUCGUUCGACGGGACCCUAUGGGCAUGGCAAGACUGACCACAUACACUCCAGUGGAAAUCUUCGGCCGCCAAGCAGCUCUUCCUUGCACUCCCCUCAAGCGAACCAGCUAAAGCUCGAACCAUCAAGCGGCGUCGAGGCAAGCUUAAGUUCAAUCGUACCAAGAAACACGCACCACAUCGUCGACCCGACUUGCUCCGGCGCAUUAUUGCCCAGCAGAAGCUACUUGGAUAGCUAUCGGGGAUCGUCGGCAGCUACGACAACAACGAUGCUGCCGACAACAACAACGAUGGGAUCGACGAAUCUGGGCAUGGGGGGUAUGGCGGCAAUAACAGCGACGACAGCAGUGACUUCCAUGGCUACGAUGACGGCAGCGCAGGCGAAUCUGCCCCAGAUGGCCGCAUCCAUGACAGCGAAGGGGGGCCAAAAGUCUCAACAUCAACAGCAACCAAAUCCAAACGAGGUCGGCCCCGUCGGAAGCUAUGACGAUGAGGUGCCCAGCAUGAGCCAAAUUCUACGCAGCCAAUUAGAUGAACUGAAACAAAUGCCACAGCCUCUGGGAAGCAAUCUACUAAGCCACAAUGAGUUGGAUAUGUGUAAAAGGCAUAAUAUAACUCCCACCACCUACCUUUCCAUGAAAACUGUCUGCCUAAGUGGAGCCCCAUCUCUAGGUAGUCCCAUGGAAAUCUCGUUGCGCAAAUUCUUUAUCAAAUGCGGCUGGCUGAGCCAUUAAAAUUCCCAGAUUCCAUACCAUCAAUCAAAAUUCACAAUUUUCCUGCUUGAAAGACUUGCAUCUAAUCAUAUUAUUUCUAUAACUGCCUAGCCUAAGUAAAAGACAACAAUUUUAAAGUGUUUAUCAUCUAUCGUGGCCAUAAUUACGAGAAACAUUUCAUACAUACAUAUACAUAUAUAAAAGUGAUCUGAUCUUUCGAUAUUACUUGUAUCAAGUGUAGCUACAAAAGUUUGUUCCUUCCCUUGAGAUGUCCAAAAUGUUUAUGAUAUUUUAUAUUAUUCUAUUAUUAAGUAGGCCAACUAAAAUAAUAACUGUAAAAAUAUACAAAACAUAUAUAUAUAUAUAUACUACAUAUGUAUAUUCAUGUAUUCAACUAUUUAAAUGUAAAAUAUAAUAUGAAGUGUAUUAUGAAGUAA